AUGGCUCUCAUCAUAAGAGGAUUCCAAAAUCCAUCGAGCGCCCCUCUUUUUCCACUUUUCCUCUUUUCCCUCUUUCCAUCUUCCAUCGAGAAAUCCUCCAUCGAGCGCAAAAAUCCGGCCUCUGUCACAAAAAUCCGGCAGUUAGUCCUACAAGACUCUUUCAAAAAUCCAAGAGGGAGGAAAAGAUACAUUCGGCCCGAUACGCGUCCCAUCCGACAAGAUUCUCCUAAGAACAGGGAAUUGUUGGGCGCAUUUUGGGAUAAGCUAUCUUUGGAUGAGGCAAUGGAGAUUGCAUCAUUGAAGAAUGCGACACUAGAGCUUGUACAGGUGGGCCAUGGUCCCUUAUCCUUGACCAUUGAUCUGAUGAGCCCCACCUUUGUGGCCUUAAAGUUGUCCGGAUUCAAAGAUCCCAGCCAUCCAAGCCUUUUUAAUGUGAUAGAGUAAGAUAUGUGGGUCCACUACAUUCAUCUGGAUUUCCUCCUCUUCAUGCUUCUCAAAGGUUUUGGAAGACUGCCCUGGUGAUCUUAGUUUUUGGU